GGGCGUGUCUUUCAAGAAUCAAAACAAAAGUUGAUACAUGUAUUAUAGUGCAUGUGUCGCUGUUUAUAGUUUGAUAUAAUUGAUUUUGUCACACUGUACGGUGAAUAACAAAGGUUGGAGAUGGACUUAACGUGUAUCAUUUUUGAUUUCCCCGAAGGAAGACAUCAAUGAAGUUUCGAAAUUCCUCGGAUAAACAAGCAUAUCGAAUGACAACCAACCUAACCGCCAGACGUGAAAACGUGAUUCAUUGCUUGUCUUAGUCUAGUGUAGCUGGAUUGAUUUGACAAUGGCAAGAAUUUUGAACGACCUGCCGAGAUGGCUAGUGAUUACUCUAUGGUUGAUUGCCAACAUAGUCUAUUUUGUGGUGACAUAUUUCCGGUUCCUUGAAAGAGAUUAUGAUUAUACCAAUCUAAUGCUGGGGCCCGCCUUGCCCUGGGCACGAGCCAGUGCAGCCUGUCUCAAUCUCAAUUGUAUGCUAAUUUUGUUACCGGUGUGUAGAAAUUUACUAUCAGCCAUUAGAGGAUCAUUUCAAAGAUGUUGUAACAGAAAUAUACGUCGCUUGUUGGACAAACACAUCACAUUUCAUCGAUAUAUAGCUUACAUGAUAUGUGUACAUACAGCAAUACAUUUAGGAGCCCACAUAUUUAACGUAGAGCGCUAUAGAGAAGCUUAUAACAGCAGAGACAGAGAAAAUCGUGAACUGUUGGCGAUGCUCAGUUCCUAUAGAGACAACCCAAGUGUCAACACUACAUUCCUGAACUUCAUAGAUACCCCUAAUACAGAUGCAGUUAAGGAAGCUCUGAAGACUUUAUCCGGUGUGUCGGGUGUUGUUAUUACACUCAUUCUCAUUGUCAUGGUUUCCUCAGCCACUGAGCUCAUUAGACGUUCAUACUUUGAGAUUUUCUGGUUCACUCAUCACCUAUUCAUCCUCUUUUUCAUUGGAGUCAUUGUACAUGGUUUCCAGGGCAUAGUGAGAAGACAGAGUAACGUGGCAGAACAUGAUCCCCAGCAGUGUAUGGCCAACUUCAGGACCUGGGGAACAGAGGGGGGAUGCCCCAUCCCUCAGUUUGUUGGGCUUGAACCCAAUGCUUGGAAGUGGGUGGUGGCACCACUGGUCAUAUACUUCAUAGAGAGGGUGGUCCGAUUUUGGAGGAGUACCCAGAAAGUGGUCGUUUCCAAGGUGGUGCAGCAUCCUUCCAAAGUCUAUGAGCUUCAGAUGAAGAAGAAAGGAUUUAAGAUGGGGCCAGGACAGUAUAUAUUUCUCCAUUGUCCUAGUAUCUCUAGUCUGGAAUGGCAUCCUUUCACUCUCACCUCAGCCCCUGAGGAUGACUAUUUCUCCGUACACAUCAGACGAGCAGGGGAUUGGACCGAGGCUCUUGCCAAAGCAUGCUAUGUCGAUGACGGGGAAUUCCAGUCUUCGCGGAAAAUGCCAAGGUUAGCAGUGGAUGGUCCAUUUGGAACAGCCACAGAGGACAUUUUCUGGUAUGAAGUUGAUGUAUUUGUGGCAGGAGGUAUUGGGGUCACUCCAUUUGCUUCCAUCCUAAGACAUAUCUGGCACAAACAUAAAGAAUCUAAAGAAGACAUGAAGCUGAGAAAAGUUUACUUUUAUUGGGUCUGUCCAGACACUAACUCUUUUGAGUGGAUUAAUGAUCUCCUGAAGAACUUUGACCAACAAAUGGCUGAAGACGGCCACAGCGAGUUUCUCAAUUAUUAUAUCUACUUAACAAGGGGCUGGGACAAAAACCAGGCCCAGAACAUUAUUUUACAUGAACAUGAGGAUGUGGACCCGGUGACUGGGCUAGCACAAAAGACACAUUACGGACGGCCAAACUGGGAUAAGAUUUUCCAGGACCUCGCCAAAAGCCAUCCAAGUACCAGUGUGGGGGUAUUUUUCUGUGGACCAGGUGCUCUUUCUAUGACUCUCCACAAAAUGUGUAACAAGCACUCAGCUGUAGGAGGGACAAAGUUUUUCUACAACAAAGAAAACCUUAGUACCCUCAUGGAUCAUCUCCAGGGCUUUUUUAAAACAAAGCGAUAUCAGAAAUGCCUAGAUAUUUUGAGGGGAUCUUCGAGGGCUACUUUACUGGACAUGUUUACCGUGGCAAACAACAUAAACUCGGUGGAGAUAUCCUUGAAUUUAUUGUCGGGAGAAACUACCAUUAGUAGAAUUCAAAAUGGAGAGGAGGAAUUUGUACAAUUACUGCAGAAAAUAAGAUGUAUUCCAUGUAAAGAGGAAACAAUAGCAUUGGAAAUCUGUGUGGUCUGUAACAUCAUAGUGAGUCAUCUUGUUCAGGGAGUUUGUCCUAUUGACCAUUGUCUAGAGAUGAUGUCAAUCACCCUACAGAAAGUCUGGAAUUUAGUGGGGAGAUCUCGAAAAGGAAGUCAUCAAACAACUGACAGAGAAUUAAGUAGGAAAGACCUCGUAUUCAACUUGCUGAAAGACAUUUGGGAUUCUGAUAUGAGUGGGCAAUUACGUCAUAGUUUGGUAGAGAUGUGUUCCAGAUGUUCUACUGUCCUUUUCAUGAACAGGAAGUCAGAGAGAGCUCUACAGUUUUUGUCUCUCUGUAAAAUGGAACCACAGAAAAAUCAAGGGCAGGAGGACCCCCUCCUGCCUGCGUUGUUAAUCCCCCUUGAGGUGCCUCUGCUGGGAGGUGAGGCCUGUUCCCCAGAGUCCAGGACAAUAGAGACCUGGCACCUCCUGACAGCACUGUGUCUCUAUCCAGAGGACCCCACAGAAUGUAAAGAACAUCUACAGAAAGUAACGCAGCAAGUCUGGCAGCCCUACACAAAACUCAUGGAAGCACAGUUGGAGUUUGAUGCUGGCCAUUAUUUGGAGGCCAUGGUUCUUCUGUCGAAGACAGCUGGACUGCCAUCUCAGAUGACAAACAGAUUAAUGGCUUUACACUGUAACCUGUUUGGAAUGUGUCUGUCAAAAUUGAACAAGCCCCACAGUGCGGUACAGAAGUUCCGUGAAGCGUUGGACUGGGAUUUCUCCUGUCUGGUACCCCUGUAUAACAUAUCCGUGGAGUACAGACAGCUGGGUCUGGAGGAGGCAGAACUCGAGUCAUUAAACCUCUUAGUCACGGCAUUAGAGAAUAAAGAAGUCAAAAAGGAAUCCCCAGACAGUAUUUUCUUUCAGAAAGUUGUGAAGAGUGAUAUAAACUUAAUACAGUCUGUAUAUUAUCUGGCCAAGGCAUGUGAAGUCCAUAGCAAAUAUAACAUUGCAUCAGAGAAAUACAUUCAUCUUAUAUCACUUAUCAAUGGCAGUGCAGUCUUAAAGGUGAAUGGCUGUGAGAUUGCCAGUGUUCCUUCAGUUUCUGAAAUUUAUAGGUGCACAAUAUUUUCUUUGCUAAAAUCUAAGAAAUACCAGCAGUGUGAAACUUUAUGUAAACAUGUAUUGUCGUGCCAACCUUCGAGUGUCCUUGACCUCUCCAGCAUCCUGUCACAACACUCUCAAGAACUCUCGCAAAUGACCUCCACACAGCCUCAAAGUCGGCCAGGGACAUUUGCUCUUCGGAACAAUUUUUCGCAGUCAGUCUUAAAGGAAAACUCACUUGAAGAGAAGGAGGCUGAAGCGUCCCAAGGUAAAAGGAAGAGGUUGCCAACAGAGGAGGUCACUGACCUUGACCCUGAAGGUCAAACAGAGCUGGUCUUGGUUCACCUGUACAAAGCAGAGGCUCAGGUGUGUCUCAACAAGAUUGGGGAAGCCAUUGAUAGUCUAGAUACUGUCCUAGAGGUAAUCAGAAAUUCCUGUUCCUUUGGGACACCAUUGUCAGCUAAGUCAUCAUCACAAGACACAAAAAGACAGAGGCUGAGUUCUGAUGGUGCUGCCAGGCCAACAUCUUCUGCAGAUACAGCCUUAUUUUGGGAAGAAGUAGGUCAGCAGGCAUCUCAUGUUUACUGUUGCUUGGGAACCUGUCUAGCUCGACAAAACAAGCUCACAGAUGCUCUGCACUACCUCAGACUCAGUUUUCAACUUGAUAAGGGUAGUCUGAGGAGUUUAUAUAACUGCACAGCUGUGUUGUGGAGACUAGAGAGACAGAAGGAGGGGGCAUUACUGUGGUGUAAGGGGAGACAACUUGACACACAGACUGACAGUUUCCAGAUGGCAGCACUGAUAAAACGUAAAAAGGCAACAUUACAGGAUCCAGGGGGAAAUGACCUUCCCUUUGAAGUCAAGGACAAAGUAACAGACCAGGAAGCGGUCCGUCUUGACGUCCGAUCUCUAGAGUUCCUAAUUCGCUGGAGGCGUGACAGCUGACCUGUGGUCAGAUGGUGGAUGAACUUUAUGCUCCACUGAUCUUGUAACAAUCUAGUAUGUCAGCCUUUCCUUGGUACAGUGUAUGUCUGUACACAGAGUGACCAGUAGUUUUUUGUUGUUUUGUUUUUUGUUAAAUACUGUUAUUUUCUCAGACUGAUUUUUAUGCCUAUUUUAUCGAUACAUUUGUUACAGUUAUAAAAAUUGUUAUAUUCAUAUAAAAACACAGCAAAUUUUUA